GAGGAAACCUGCCCAGCCAGGCUUGAAGGGUGUAAGCCGGAGCGCCUCUUCAGGGACAACCGGACCUCUGAAGAUUUUUCUUCCCUUGGGAGACUCCAAAGAAAUUGGGUUUUACGUUACUCUGGUAGUGAACCGAUGGUGGAACCAGUUUGUGAAUCUGCCUUGGCCAGACAGGCUGAUGUUCCUCAUCUCCAGCAGUGUCCACGGGAGCGACCAGCAUGGGCGCCUGCUCAGAAGGACGCUGAUGCGAUACGUCAACCUCACAUCCCUGCUCAUCUUCCGCUCGGUGAGCACGGCGGUGUACAAGAGGUUUCCCACCAUGGACCACGUGGUCGAAGCAGGUUUUAUGACGGCAGAUGAGAGGAAAUUAUUUGACCACCUCAAAUCACCUCAUCUGAAGUACUGGGUUCCAUUCAUUUGGUUUGGAAAUCUUGCAACCAAAGCCCGGAAUGAAGGCAGAAUCAGAGACAGUGUCGAUCUACAAUCCCUGAUGACUGAAAUGAAUCGGUACCGCUCUUGGUGCAGCCUCUUAUUCGGUUACGACUGGGUCGGCAUCCCACUGGUUUACACACAGGUCGUCACCCUCGCCGUCUACACGUUCUUCUUUGCGUGCCUGAUCGGACGCCAGUUCCUGGAUCCCACCAAAGGCUAUGCGGGGCAUGACCUGGAUCUGUACAUCCCCAUCUUCACGCUCCUCCAGUUCUUCUUCUACGCUGGAUGGCUCAAGGUUGCCGAGCAGCUGAUCAACCCUUUCGGGGAAGAUGACGAUGACUUUGAAACAAACUGGUGCAUUGACAGAAACCUGCAGGUCUCUCUUCUGGCUGUGGAUGAAAUGCACAUGAGCUUACCCAAGAUGAAGAAAGACAUUUACUGGGACGACUCUGCUGCCCGGCCGCCAUACACACUGGCAGCUGCCGAUUACUGCAUACCCUCCUUCCUGGGCUCAACAAUCCAAAUGGGGCUUUCCGGGUCCGACUUCCCCGCCGAGGACUGGCUUUGGAACUAUGAGAAACAUGGCCACCGCCACUCGGUGAUCAGAAGGGUCAAGCGCUUCCUGAGUACCCACGAGCACCCCGGCAGCCCCAGGAGGAGGAGGAGUUUUGGCAGGCAGGCGAGCGACAGCUCCAUGUUCUUUCCCCCAAGCCCAGCUCGGGAUCUGCUGGAUGUGCCCUCCCGGAACCCCCACCGAGGCUCACCUACCCGGAAGCAAUCCCACUCCCAAGAGGGCAGCCCUAAGCUGCACUCCAGCAUGGGCGAACUAUCUACCAUCAGGGAGACCAGCCGCACCAGCACGCUGCAGAGCCUGACCCCGCAGUCCAGUGUGAGGGCCUCCCCUACCAAAAUGCCCCAGGUCCCCGAGGUCCUAAUCACUGCAGCUGAAGCACCGGCGUUCUCAGCAGACAACCAUCAUCAUGACUCCGCUACCUCCAUCUUGAGCCUCGAGUUCACUGGGGUGCAGCCAAGCAAGCCUGAGCAGCAGGUAGAGCCCUCAGGGAAGGCGACACCAACUGGAGACCCCAAUCCCCAGACUAUUUCAGACGGUACUGAAAGAGACUUAUUCAAGUUUGAGGAAGAUCUAGAUGAUGAUCGAUUCCCCAAAAGGUGGAGCCUGCCAGAGUUUCGGGAGUCCAGGCAUACCUCCCUGGGAAACUUAGGUCCGGAUCCUGCGAGUACCGGGGAUGCUCUUUUACUUGACACGGGAACAUCCUCAGAGACCAACGGAAUCCAUCCUGGGACUGGCUCUGCAGUCUCUGCCGACAUCCUGUACUUAAUGGAAAACUUGGAUAAAGAAACGGACAUCCUGGAGUUUAACAACGAGCACCCCGAAGAAUCCCCUAAGGAAACACCUCAUCGCCCCAGGACCUGGUUCUAGCCCAGCUUCCUACUUUACAUAAAGCAGUCCACACCAGUCUGGAAACAACCCCCAGGAACUGGCCAGCAUUUAGAGAAAUGAUCCUACCGUACAAGCUACUCAGAACUCUGAAGGGCAUUAUGAUCCUGCAAAUCUCAAACACGUCCACGUUGUCUAGCACCAAGGGGCUUUCAUGGAAGUUAUACAGCCCAAAAUGAUUAGCAUAACCAAAUAAGGGAUAUCAUAUUCAUGUAUACACCUACAUUUGAUUAGCUUUGGAAAGAGCCAUAACAGAUCAGAGUUCAAUCCCGUAGAAACAAAGGCCCGGACACAAAGGGUCCUGUUUCUUUCCGGGCUCCUUCCCGUACCUCUCGUUUUUUCUUUAACUACAGAGAUGAGAGACAAACCAUACCAUGCCAUGCCACGCCAUCCCAGAAGCCGUUUUCUACUUAUAGUUGUUCCGCUGACUUCCUGACCAUCUCACGCCCACCUCUAUAACUAUUGUUACCGUCUUUCCGUAACCCUUAAAUCCCUCAGCACCCGAAAGUUCCAUUUCUCUUCAAGAACUAUUUCAUUCAUUGUCUGAUCUUCGUUUUUCUCUCUACCUCUUUACCCUCUUCCUCCAUUUUCCUCUUCCCUUCUCACUGGGCUAGCUCCUCCCGUGACUCUAAGCUGUCCCCUUUUCCAACUCUGUCACUCAGUUCUUGUCACGUGUUCAAACUUUGAGCCACUGGUACUGGAAUCUAACACACCCAGCCUCCAAUGCUUCCAGCCUUGCUGGACUAUCUUAAACCCUCUCCUCCUCCUCCUCUUCCUCCUCCUUCUCCUCCUGCUCCUCCUCCUCCUCCUGCUGCUGCUGCUCCUCCUCCUCCUCCUCU